AUGGCGACUCCUGAACACUUGGUCAAAUUCGACGAACGGCACGAAACAUCUCAAACUUACACGGUUCCGCCACCCUGGAAGGGACCAGAGCACUGCCACGUAGAGUUCUGCAUAUUCUCCAACCCCGAGUCCGGCGAGGGCAUGUCUCUCGUGACCACGUCUCGGAGCGCCUUUGCCGUGGCCAUCGCCGAAACGCCCCUGAGCACCGGCCUCGAGGCGGGCUCCUUCUACGAGGCCGAAAUCCCCGGCAAGGGCAGCGGGCUAAUCGCGAACCGGACGAUCCGGAAAGGCGAGAUCAUCAUGGAGCGGCCGCCGGCGCUGUUGAUCCAGGCCGAGCCGCACGUCGACCUCGAGCCGGAGGUGCGUGACGAAGUGUACCAGGCCGCCGUCGACCGGCUUCCCGAGCCGGCUCGCGCCCGGUUCCUGCGCCAGGUGGGCAGCACCAUCUACGACAAGGUCGAGCGCAACUCGUUCCGCAUCUUUGUCGACGGCGACCGCAAGCACUCGGCCCACCUGGGCGUCUUUCCAGAAGUGAGCAAGUUCAACCACGACUGCCGGCCAAACGUGCACUACCGCCUCAACGGGCUCAAACACACUACCAUCGCCGUGCGCGACAUCCCCGCGGGCGACGAACUGACCAUCUCCUACAUCUACGGGCGCGCCUCCCACGCCACGCGGCAAUCCCAGCUCCGCGAAUGGGGCUUCACCUGCACGUGCCCGCAAUGCACGCUCAACGCCACGGAAACCGGCGCGUCCGACAACCGCCUCCGGCAGAUCGAGGCCCUCGAGACGGAGAUCGAGCGCAUCAUGGGGGCGCGCGGCGCGGCCGGGCUGCGGCCCGAGAUGGGGGGGAAGCUGGUCGAGCUGUACCGCGCGGAGCGGCUGGAUGCGUACCUGGCGCCGGCGUAUACAAGGGCGGCGCUGAUUUAUGCCAUGUUUGCGGAGGCGGAGAGGGCGAGGGAGUUUGCGGCGGAGGCGGUGGGCGCGUUGGAGAGGGAGACGGGGCCGUGGGCGAAGGAUGUCCAGUCUAUUGAGAUGGUUGGCUAG